GAAUGUCUGUGUCCAUGAAUCCACAGUAACAGUUGAGAUUCUUAUCUUCUACCUAACUUUCCUGAUAUUUUCUUGUUUAAAUUGCGUGGAUUUUGAUUCCAGACGAGACGGAGGCUGAAGAAAUCUCCUCAGAGUUGCCCUAAUUUGCGGCUGCAACUCUGAUUUCUCUUCUUCCGCCGUCGAUUUUCGUUGUUUCAGGCCGAUUACAGCAGUUUUUUGUUCGAUUUCUGGAGAUUAAUCAUGAUUGCUGCAAUCAAGGCGGCGAUCGGCGAUGCCGUUCUUACUUCCAUGUGGAUUUUCUGUGCUUCGUCUCUUGGGGUUCUUACCUCCGUCCUGUACUCGGCCGCCGGCGUUUAUGGCCUUCCGCUUCAUCCGCUUCUCAUCACUACUACUCUGGUCUUCCUUCUCGUUUUCAUUUUCAAUAUAAUUGGGGCUUUUUUGGGUGGCGCUAGCUUUAAUCCAACUGCCACUGCCGCUUUCUAUGCCGCCGGUGUUGGUCCGACCUCUCUCUUCGCCAUGGCUCUCCGUUUCCCUGCUCAGGCAGCUGGUGCGGUUGCUGGUGCUCUGGCGAUCAAGGAGGUGAUGCCUAUUCAAUACAAGCACAUGCUUGGUGGGCCUUCUCUGAAAGUUGACAUUCAUACUGGAGCCACAGCUGAAGGAGUUUUGACCUUUAUAAUCAGUUUUGCUGUUCUUCUAAUUGUUCUCAGGGGUCCCUCCAGCCCAGUAAUCAAGACAUGGUUGCUGGCAAUGGCCACUGUAGCUUUAAUCGUUGCUGGUUCUAGUUACACAGGACCUUCCAUGAAUCCUGCAAAUGCGUUUGGGUGGGCGUAUAUGAACAACAAACACGAUACAUGGGAGCAGUUGUACGUGUACUGGAUCGCCCCGUUCAUUGGAGCCAUUUCGGCUGCUUGGCUUUUCAGAAUCAUCUUCCCACCACCAGCCCCAGCCCCAGCCUCAGCUAAGAAGAAGAAGAAAGCUUGAAAUCUCUAGUUGAUUUACAUAGUAGCAAGUAAGAAACUCCAUUUCUGUUCUUAAGAUAAAUGGCGUCUGUUUAAAUUAUGUUUUGCAGCUUAUGGAUCAAUAAUAAUCCUUCAAUCAAGUUCCCUUUACUUCCCUUUU